UUCCUCUCUUUUCCUUAUAGUUAACAUUUUAUAAGAAAAGACUACUAUGAACCAUUCUUCAGUGAUUGACUUUGUUCUCGAAGGACUAACAAAACGCCCAGAGCUUCAGCUUCCACUGUUCCUCUUAUUUCUGGCAGUAUAUGUGAUAACAGUAGUGGGAAACUUGGGCAUGAUCCUCUUAAUUACCAUUAGUUCUCAACUUCACUCUCCAAUGUAUUAUUUUCUCAGUCAUUUAUCCUUCAUUGACCUCUGCUAUUCCUCUGUCAUUACCCCAAAGAUGUUGGUGAACUUUGUAUGUGAGAAGAACAUGAUCUCCUUUUGGGAGUGCAUGACUCAACUCUACUUCUUCCUCAUUUUUGUCAUUGCAGAAGGCUACCUGCUGACAGCCAUGGCCUAUGACCGCUAUGUUGCCAUCUGUAGCCCACUGCUUUAUAACAUUGUCAUGUCCCACAGGGUCUGUUCCAUAAUGAUGGCUGCAGUAUACUCACUGGGCUUCUUUGGGGCUACUGUCCAUACAACCUGUAUGACAAUGUUGUCCUUCUGUGGGUCUCAUGUUGUCAGCCACUAUUUUUGUGAUAUUCUACCUUUGUUGACUCUGUCUUGCUCCAGCACCCAUAUCAAUGAGGUACUACUGUUUAUUAUUGGUGGAAUUAAUACCCUUGCACCUACACUGGCUGUCAUCAUCUCUUAUGCUUUCAUUCUAACAAGCAUUCUCCGCAUCCGCUCCAAUGAAGGACGUUCCAAAGCAUUUGGCACCUGUAGCUCCCACAUUAUGGCUGUGGGCAUCUUCUUUGGGUCUAUAACUUUCAUGUAUUUCAAGCCACCUUCUAGCAAUAACAUGGAAGAGGAGAAAGUAUCUUCUGUGUUUUACACCACAGUGAUCCCAAUGCUAAAUCCCCUCAUAUACAGUCUGAGGAACAAGGAUGUAAAGAAUGCACUGAAAAAGGUGGUUGGGGGAAGGCAGUCAUCCUAACAAAUUCAGUGAACUAAUAAAUGAAACAUGAGACAUUCUCAUAAGUUCUUUGAAUGUUUAAUUUCC